GCCCGGAGUGUCCCUGUUCUCCGGCGUUUCUACAGACUAACUUAGCUUGCGGAACCAAAUUCUAGUUAGCCUCCUCUUGAAAUUUUUUUCCCUCCCUGACUUCCCUUUGAUAUUUGUUACGUUCUCUCAUAGCGCGUAUAUUGAUUCACUGCGACGGAACAGUGAAUAAAAUGGUCAGUGAAAGACAGCUCUUCCCGGCUUAGUAUAUCUUUUUUUUUUUGCCUUGCUUUUGCUUGUUUGCUCGUUUGUCCCUGGCCUGCUCCCUUUAUCGCACAGUACACUUUCUCCUCGUCUUCAGCAUAGCCGGUUGAUUUAGAGAGAUAUCGUGUAUUAUUCCACCAUUAUGCUAAGAACAAACUCUACUAAAAAGGCCUUUACGUGCUUUUACUGGGUAAAUGGAGGCUGCAAACACAGCGCCGACCAAUGCAAGUUUGUCCAUGAAUAUACCGAUCGGGUUGCUAAGCCGCCAAAGCCCCCUCGAUAUGGUGAGAAAAGAGAGGAACCCCCUAUAGCUCUACCAUCCGGCGGCCUGUUUACGCAGUUUUUCUCACUGUCUUUUAGCAUCAGCGUGGCGAGAGGACAGGCCUGAGACGAAGAAUCUUAUAGAUCUGCUGUCUGCUGGAAGCGAGACCAGCGAUUCAAAGGUAUUGUUGACAGCGCAUCAAGUGAUGUUUACCCCCUUUCCAUGUAAACAGAUGAUUGAAAUGAAACCAUUCUUACACCAUGGGCGGGAACCAUUCUUUUCGGAAUAUCUAGGAGCUUGACUCGGUUGAUACCUCUAAUCAGACUGCUGAGGCUACCCGGCCUUCGCAGAUUGUGUGUCGGGCGAUUGAGUCCGGACACGACUAUGACCUUAUCAAAGAGCUUCUCACAAACUACUCCCAGUCGGGGGGCGGUGAUACCAUCUCGCCAGAAGAGAAAUUGGACAUACUGCUGUCAGUCAUAGCAUGUAGCCGGACGGACCUUGUUGACCUGGUUAUUGAGAAUGGAGCAGAUCCCAAUGGGACGGUACACAAUUCUGAAAUCCCCUUGCUUGCAUCAGCCAUAUUGAACAGAAACUCAACUUCAGUCUCGAUUGUCAAGUUGCUUUUGGCCGCGGGCGCUGAUCCAAAUUCUAUUCCCAAGUCUCUUUGGGAACACGGAGUCUUCACAUACCAGAGCCCUGAACCAGACGAUGAUGAUGAGCUCAUGGAUUCCGGAUUGAAAGCGUUGAAAGAUACCCUUGAAGAAAGUGUCAACGUUUCAAUCAGGCACUGUCUUUUCCAGGCUACUAGGACUUUACCGCCUCUCCCGGCAAGCGUUGAGAUGUACCUACUGCCGUUUAUCAAAAGAAUAACGCGUGCAGAACACUUGUUGAUUGGGCAGAGAACAGCGAUUAAGUGGGUGAGGAUGUUUAUAAUCAUGAAGUUCAUGACACGAACAAACUCUCCCCUGGUUAUGGCGUUUGUUGGACCAGCAGGUCAUGGCAAGUCGAGUCUUGCCAAAGAACUGGGUACAUUCAUACCAAUCUCCAACCUGCAGAGGGUAGAUCCAGAUCCAGGUGAAGGUGAAGAUGAAGAGCUGUCGAAUGACACAAGCCCUACGAACGCACCUGGUGAGCUGGAAGUUAUCUUUGUUGACAAGGGUGAUAAAGCCGAGUACCAGCGGGUACUCUCCUUUUUAGAAGGAGAAGAUGCAUGGUACUACCUAAGUGAAGGAGAGAAGGUUAUAAUUGACCGAUCAAAUACCUUGUGUAUUAUUGCUGCCUCUAGUGGGGAGGACAAGGUAAUGGAAUAUUAUGACCUCAACUCGAGAGAGCUCGAAGUAGAGCUUGCAGACACGGCAAACUGGGAGUCUCGCCUACACCGCGAACUAGAGCUUUUUGUUGCGAAUGACCUAGAAAAGGAGAUAGGAACAUCUCUCGCAGGGCAUGUAUCGUGCUACAUCCCGUUCACCCCAUUCUCCAAGACGGAAGCAGCCGUUCUCGCACACUCAUAUCUCUUAAAGGCCACUGAUAGCCUGGCUGAGUUCCAUGACUCCCUGCAUCAUGCCAAACUGGGCGAAUCAGACAAUGUCACAUUCAUCCUGGACGCCCAAGUUGAAGCUUGUGACAACCUGGCUACUACUGUCUACGUUAUCAAACUUGGUGCUCGCUCCAUCGAGCAAGGGGUAUUCAAAGCCGUUCAAUCCCAGAUGGUACAGCACUACCUGAAAUCCGAUUUACUGAAGGAGAACCGUGGCCAGGGUGAAAAUGUGACCAAUGCUAGCGAUAGGUGCGUCACUAUUACUGUAGGAGAAGAUUUUGCUAUUAGGCUGGAGUGAAGAGAUGGAAAUGAGGAAAGGAAAGCAAGUAAAAUAAUUCUGGGAUGGUAAUUGAGCAUUAUGCAUGGCAUCACGGUAAUGUCUAGGACUCUCUAGUUUAAAUUUCAAUAUUUGGGUGAUGCUUUGUGGUUUCUUACGGAAGCAAUUGGGAAUUAAUCAAAAAGUUGGUUGAUGCAAGUAAGAUCGAAGUGACUAGGAAGAGAACCUGUAGGACUGGGAUGGCCGCUAGAGACAUGCAUGUCUACCACCCCUUGUACCAUGAUAUCAGAGCGUGAUUAAA